CUCACUUUUCUUACACCAAAAUACUUCUUCCUCAAUACUUUUCAAAAAGACCAUGUUUGAAUCCCGUUUGCGUUUGCAUUUUCUCUCCCUAAUCUUGCUUUGUUGUGUCUCCCCUUCAAGCUUCUACACUUUCAAAUACGAUAGGAGGAGUUAUGUUGCUUGUCAUCCCAAUCAGACUCAAGCUCUUACUGAUUUCAUGAACGAGUUUGAUAGCAGCCACUGCAACCUUAGCGACCCCUAUAAUGGAGUCUGGUGCGAUAAAUGGACCGGUGCGCUCACAAUGCUACGACUCCAGGCCUGCCUCAGUGGAACGCUAAAGCCCAAUAGUAGCCUCUUCAGAUUACAUCAUCUUCGUCACCUUGUCCUCUAUCAAAACAACUUCAUCUCAUCUUCACUUCCUUCAGAAUUUGGCAAUCUCAGCAGGUUAGAGGUCUUAUAUCUUGGCAAUAAUAGUUUUGUAGGCCAAGUUCCUUCCUCAUUUAAUAACCUAAGCCUGCUUUCCUAUUUAUCUCUUUCCCUAAACGAGCUCAUCGGUAGUUUCCCACUUGUACGGAAUCUAGCAAAGCUCUCGUUUUUAGACCUUUCUAAUAAUCAUUUCUCUGGAACUCUAAAUCCCAACAAUACUAGCCUGUUUGAGUUGCACCACCUCCGUUACCUUGGCCUAGCUAGCAACAAAUUCAGUUCAUCAAUCCAUUCUGAGUUUGGAAAACUCAACAGACUAGAAAUCUUGUAUCUUUCCUCCAAUUACUUUUUCGGGCAAGUUCCUCCAACAAUUAGUAACCUAACCUCGUUAACCAACUUGUACCUUGAAGACAACCAGCUCACUGGUAGUUUCCCACUUGUACAAAACCUUACCAUGCUCUCAACUAUAGAAUUCAGUUUUAACAAAUUGUCUGGAACCCUCCCAUCUUCUCUAUUCAAUAUGCCUUUCUUAACAAGUCUCGAUCUUAGAGGAAACGAUCUUAACGGAUCUAUUAAUUUUCCUAAUUCCUCUACCCCAUCUUGGCUCGAGUUCUUGUACCUUGGGAAUAACCAUUUUGAAGGAAAAAUCAUAGAGCCUAUCUCAAAUCUCAUCAACCUCAUAUAUCUAGACCUUUCUUUCUUAAACACAAGUUACCCGAUUGAUGUAAGCCUCUUCUCCUCGCUAAAAUCUUUGUCGGUUCUCGAUCUUUCGGCUAAUAGUAUAUCUCCGGCCAGUUUACAUACAAAUUCAGAAAUCCCAACAAACUUGGAGAGAUUGUAUCUACAAGGCUGUGACAUCACCGAGUUCCCAAAAAUCUUAAAGAACCUUGAGAAGUUGGAGCUUGUAGCAAUAACCGACAAUAGAAUCAAAGGGAAAAUCCCGGAGUGGGUAUGGAACCUUCCUCGUCUGACCACAUUGUUUGCUCUCAAUAAUUCCAUGGAUGGUUUCGAAGGUCCAGUGGAUGUUUUGGUAAAUUCAUCGGUGAGGAAUUUAAUGCUGGAGCUAAACAGUUUUGAAGGUGCAAUCCCUAUUCUACCACUCUCCAUCAGCGUUUUCUAUGCAUCACACAACAGAUUCACAGGGAGCAUUCCUCUUUCAAUCUGCAACUAUAGAUCUCUCACGCAAUUGAAGCUAGACUACAACAACCUCACGGGUCCUAUCCCCCAAUGCUUGAGUAACUUGAAGGUUUUGAAUCUCCGGAAGAACAACUUGGAUGGAAGUAUUCCUGACGCCUUUUAUACCGGUGCUUCUCUACAGACACUUGACUUUGGACACAAUCGACUAACCGGGAAACUUCCAAGAUCUCUUCAAAAUUGCUCAUCCCUAGAGUUUCUAGUUGUUGACCACAACAUGAUCAAAGACAAGUUCCCUUUCUGGCUCAAGACUUUACCGAAAUUGCAAGUCCUUAUCCUCAGUUCAAACAAGUUCUAUGGCUCUAUAUCUCCUCCUGAUCAAAGUCCUCUCGGGUUUCCAGAGCUUCGCAUAUUUGAGAUAUCUGAUAAUAAAUUCACUGGAAGCUUGCCACCAACUUACUUUGUGAAUUGGAAUGUCUCGUCACUUACAGCGAAAGAAGAUGAUGCUCCUCGAUAUAUGCAAUACGGAAUAAUUAGCUAUGGGGCAGUGCAAAACGUUCCAGAGACUAUAGAUUUGCAAUACAAAGGUUUAUCGAUGGAGCAAAAGUUUGUACUUACUUCUUACGCCACCAUCGAUUUUUCUGGGAAUAGAAUUGAAGGACAGAUUCCUGAAUCCAUUGGUCUCUUGAAAGCGCUGAUUGCACUCAACUUUUCCAACAACGCCUUCACAGGCCAUAUUCCUUUGUCGUUGGCCAAUCUGAGCAAUCUCGAAUCACUAGACCUAUCAAGCAACCACCUCUCAGGUACUAUUCCUAAUGGGCUUGGAAGCCUCUCAUUUUUGGCGUACAUAAAUGUGUCUCACAACCAGCUCAAGGGUGAAAUACCACAAGGAACACAGAUUACCGGGCAAGCUAAAUCUUCAUUCGAAGGGAAUUCAGGGCUUUGUGGUCUUCCUCUCCAGGAAACUUGCUUUGGGACUAAUGUCCCACCAACACAAGAACCUCCGGAAGAAGAAAAAGAAGAAGAGGAAAAAAUGUUGAACUGGAAAGGUGUGGCAAUAGGGUAUGGACCUGGAGUGUUGCUUGGACUUGCAAUAUCACACCUCAUUUCUACAUACAAACCAGAGUGGUUCGUCAACAUAAUUGGUCCAAACAAGCGCAGAAACCGUUAGGAAUAUUUUCAGUUUGAGUUUUAUCCUUCAAUGUAUGUCAAGUGGUUGAUGAUCCCUCUUGUGUGGGAGUGUCUAUUUAUGUUUGUAUAUCAUUAUCUGAUGCUUCGUUUCUAU